AUGACAAGCGUCAGCGUGAUUGCCUGCAGAAAGGCGGACGAGGCAUGGCAGUGUCGCACGUCGCAGUGGAGACGAAUCACUUUCUCGUCGUCGUCGUCGUCGUCGUCGUCGUCUCGAGGUGGCGAUGGCGACGCUAUUUUUAGAUGGCAGGCACUUGUCUCACGGUCGCAUCACGACCCGUGGGCUUGA